AUGGGACUUUUCAGCAAACGUAGCGAACAGGCUGCUACCAAGCCUGUCGACCUCAUUCCGGUGUCGCGCGUUAUUCGUGAGCCGCCAGCAAACUACCCGGUCCCGGAGGCUAUUCCAAAGCUGUCCACUGAGCAGCAUGAGAAAUAUACACAUGUAUUAAAGUACUUCCAGGAUGAAAAGUUGGUCCUUCCGCUCAAGUCCAGCAAAAAGCAAGAAUCGGCGGAACAGACUGCUGCACUCUCCGCAUACGAGCGGUUUUGGCUAACACGGGAGUGCCUCCUGCGCUAUCUGCGGGCUACUAGCUGGAAUGUGGAGGCUGCCAUUGAGCGUCUGCGUAAGACACUUGUGUGGAGGCGGGAGUUUGGCGUUACGGGCGACCCCGAUGCGCCAAACAGUCUAAAGCCGGAGACUGUGGAAAAGGAAAAUACCACCGGGAAGCAGGUGUUGCUGGGGUUCAACCCCCAACGUCUGCCCGUUUAUAUGAUGAAAAACGGUCGCCAGAACACCGAGCCAUCCUUCACACAAGUCCAGCAUCUGGUAUUCUUCAUGGAAGCGGCCAUUGCGAUGAUGCCCCAGGGCGUCGAGCUACUAGCGCUACUCAUAGACUUUAGACAUUACAAGGAGCCGGGUGUGAUCGGCGCAAAGUCGCCACCAAUCUCCCUUGCCAAGCAAAUCCUCAGCAUCAUCCAGGACCAUUAUCCUGAACGCCUGGGCAAAGCGCUCUUCUUUGAUAUGCCAUGGUACGGCUGGACUUUUCUAAAACUCAUGCAUCCAUUCAUCGACCCGGUCACAAGGUCAAAACUGGUAUAUGACGAGCCAAUCUCCAGUUACAUAGACGCCGAACAAUUGGAGGCAACCUAUGGGGGGAAAUUGGACUUCCAGUACAACCACGAGGAGUAUUGGCCCGAUUUUGUCUCCGUUUUCGAGGAGCGCAAAGAUUACCAAUACGCCCGCUUUUUGAAAUUCGGAGCUGUUAUCGGCUUGAGCGAGUUUGACCUUAAGGGCAAGGAGGCGGAAUUACGUUAUCCCGCCGAUUACCAGGAGCCAUCCACUGAGGGGUAG